AUGCUGAGCCCCUGCGUGCGCAGCUCACCCAGUGUCCUGCCAGUGGCUCAGAGCUUCGGGCUCCGCCCCCGCGUUCGUCAGCCGGAGGUCUCGGCACGUCUCCAGGAGCCGGUCGCAGUGGCCUGCCUGGCCUCUGUCGCCGUGGUCUGCUGGCAAGUCCACCGACCGGCCUGUAGAGGCCCAUCACGCUUGAGACGUGGCCGUGUGCGUUUGGGUGCAAAGGCUAGGGCAGAGCUUCUCGUGGAUGGCGAUCAGGGCAGUAUUGAUCUCAUUGAGAAGGCGAUUGAGCGACUGAAGGGGCAAGGCCGCAGCGUGGUGACUACUGUUUUUGCAGAGCCAAGAAGAGUGGACAGCAAGCGGUGGCGAGCUUUCUUUCGAGAGCGGCUCAUUACGUUUUGUCCCGUGCCCCGUCGCAGAGGUCAAGAGGCCACUGAUGUUGCCAUCGAAGCUCGACUGGUGCGCUUGUCCCAGUUACCAGAUGAUCUGUGUGUAGCCCUGCUGACGGCUGACGCUGGCUUUGUGGACAUUGUUGGGGAUGUCGCUGCUUCAAGAGACAUGACCGUCUUCAUCCCAGAGACGAGCGGAAAUGUUGUUCGAAAGUACAGAACAACCAGUGCUGCUGUGGUGCCCAUACAAUCCCAGAGCUUGAGCAAGGAGGGUCCCAGGGUAAGAGCCAUUCUACACCCGGACGGAAGUGGGAGCGUCGAGAUGGCAGAGCCCUGGCAAUGCCCGAUGGGAGACGCGGAGGCUGAGCAGCUCACGCAGUUCUUGCAGGACCUGGGCUAUCAUGGGGAGCGCGGAUUCCUUGUGCAGGCCAUCGCAAAGUUUUGGGUCGCACACCGACUGGGGCCACUGACUGUCUACCCAGCUGGGCUAGGAUGUGCGUCAAUGCACAAGGAAAUUCAAGCUGCAGGCCCUGAAGCAUCAUGGACUCGGUACAGCCGCGACCUGGCAUUUUUCCUCCCCAUCACAAAGGCUCCAACCAAGACCAUGCACAACGUUAAGGAGUAUGGCACCACGCAUGCAAUGGCAGUUUUCGAGGGUGGAGGCCCCUUCACCAUCAAGGCAUCGAGAGACAUGGUGGAACAAGCUUUGCGCAGAUUGGGAUAUUUGGAUGGCCACUUGAGCUGCGACUUGGCUGAGGCAUUGCUUGCUUUUGUGAACCUUCCAGAAAACUACAAGGCACUGAAAAGAUGCGAGGCUCUGCCUACAGCUGCCGACGCUGUGUCGGACGUGGUGGAGAAGCUGCACCAUGCUUUUUUGGCCCAUGAUACUGGUGGCCGAUGGCGCGUUGCCCCAAGUGACACCCAAGUCCGCAAAAAACUGUGCAAGCACGGCUUCUUGAUUCACGAGGCGGCGUCACGGAGCGAAGUGCUGGAAGCGAUGCAGAAGUUUGCACGUAGCCGUGGCUUGAUGCAGAUGCGAAGCUACGUCGGAUACGUCUUCCGGAUUCAGCAGUACAUGUGUCGCUCAAGGCCCAGCAAGGUUGGAAGCGUUGACUUCCGGGACCUGAGAAGGCCUUUUGCAAAAGAAGUAGGUCUUAGGGUAGUUUAG